AUGUCCUUGGUUUCGGGUCCUAGCAGGGCUGUUGGGACUCCAUCCAGCUUGAACCUUAGUGUCGAAAGGCAUGUGGAAUACAUCAAGAACUUGGACAGCAGGAGGGAUGAGCUAGAAUAUUGGCUCACCGAGCACCUUCGCCUGAAUGGGGUGUAUUGGGGCUUGACAGCCCUACAUCUCCUUGGUCGUCCCGAUGCUCUUCCUCGUGAAGACACCAUCAAUUUUGUACUCUCCUGCCAACGCGCAGAUGGGGGUUUUGGAGCUGCCCCGGGCCAUGAUGCGCACAUGUUGUAUACAGUGUCGGCCGUGCAAAUUCUCGUAACACUAGACGCGGUGGAUGAGCUGGACAAGCGCGGUCUAGGAGGCAAAGAGAAAAUCGGCUCUUUCAUUGCAGGGCUACAAGACAAGGACACUGGCGCUUUUAUGGGCGACGAAUGGGGAGAAAGGGAUACGCGCUUUUUGUAUGGCGCUUUCAAUGCACUCUCCCUUCUUGGGCUCCUCGAUACCGUCGAUGUACCCAAAGCUGUUGCCUAUGUCCAGCAGUGUGAAAAUUUGGAUGGCGGCUAUGGAAUCCAGCCUGGAGCUGAAUCGCAUGCCGGCCAGAUCUUCACUUGUGUAGGAGCUCUGGCAAUCGCCGGGCGACUAGACUUGGUGGACAGGGACCGCCUGGGAGGCUGGCUUAGCGAAAGACAGGUUGACAAUGGGGGUCUGAACGGACGGCCCGAGAAACUACCAGAUGCAUGCUAUAGCUGGUGGGUCGGUGCUAGCCUAGCUAUGAUUGACAGACUGCAUUGGAUCGAUAGUGGCAAGCUUGCUGCUUUCAUCUUGCGUUGUCAGGAUUCGGAGGCUGGUGGCAUUGGAGACAGACCAGGCAGCAUGGUUGAUGUAUUUCAUACCCAUUUCGCCAUCGCUGGGUUGAGUCUUCUGAGGUUUGAUGGUGUCCAAGAAGUAGACCCAGUCUAUUGUUUACCGAAGGCAAUAAUACUGAACUGUCGGUCCCGGUAGUACUUGGUCGUAUCUUGAUAUCGACUAUUAUGUUCAAUUCCCGUAGACAUCGCCUCCUGCAAUCUAACAACCCGUUUUUCUUUGUCUAUGGACUAUGGGAUACAAGGCAGGAGAAGAGCAAUUGGCACUGCGACUUAUUUCCGCUUCAUACCCCCUCACAAUAGCCUGAUAAGAGGCUGUUAAGACGCAGUGGCACAUGACUUAUGUUCCAAGACCUAUGGUAUCUAGAUAGUCAUUGUUUUAUUAUCCCACGCGAUGAAAUUGUGAUCUACAUUGUCAUGAAUCCAGAGUGUUUUGACCGAAUAUUGUUAUACCUAAG